AUGCGCCAGAUGUUGCGCGUCGCGCAGCAGGGCGUGGAGCCGCUGACUGACGAAGUGAUGCGGCUGGCGAUGCGCAAGGCGGCGAGCGACUUCGACGACAGGCACGGCGGCUUCGGCUUGCAGCCCAAGUUCCCUCAACCAAUGACCUAUGAGUUCCUGCUGCGUCACUAUCUGCGAACCGAGGACGCGGACGCGCUUCACAUGGUCGAGCUUACAUUGCAGCGCAUGGCGAUGGGCGGCAUAUACGACCAGAUUGGCGGCGGGUUUCAUCGCUAUUCGACCGACACAUUCUGGCUCGUACCGCACUUCGAAAAGAUGCUCUACGACAACGCGCUGCUUGUGCGCCUCUACUUGCAUGCAUACCAGAUUACGGGCAAUCCGAUGUACAGUCGCAUCGUGGAGGAGACGCUGGAAUAUGUGACGCGCGAGAUGACAUCGCCUGAAUAUAAACCAGAGGCGCUGGGAGAUGAGGACGGCGAGAUAUUCUGCCGAUACUACGGGGUAACAACGCACGGCAACUUUGAGGGGCGCAACAUCCUACGCGUGGCGAUGGACGCCGCAAACCUCGCGCGCGAAGAGGGGCUUGACGCCUCUGGGUUUGGCGAGCUACUGAACCGGUCGAGGGCUAAGCUGCUUGAAGUGCGGAAUGAGAGGAUUGCGCCCGCACUGGACGACAAGAUACUGACUUCGUGGAACGGGCUGAUGCUUGCCGCUUUCGCUGAAGCGGCGGCGGUACUCGGUCGCAGGGACUACGCCGAAAUCGCCGAGCGUAACGCGGAGUUCCUGCUGACUAACCUUCUCAGGGAUGGCAGGCUGCUUCGCACGUACAAGGACGGUCGCGCCAAGCUGAAUGGUUACCUAGAAGACUACGCAUUCAUGAUAGACGGACUGCUUGCGCUUCACGAGGUCAACUUCAGCCGCGACACGCUUGAUGCGGCGAUUCGGCUGGGCAAUGCAAUGGUGGAGCUGUUCUGGGAUGCGGCGUCGGGGCAAUUCUUCGAUACCGGACACGACCACGAGGAGCUUGUGGUGCGCCCCAAAGAUGUCACAGACAACGCGAUUCCUUGCGGGAGUUCAAUGGCGGUGGAUGUGCUGCUGCGCCUUGCCGUUAUCACGGGCGACGGUGAUAUGGAGCGGCGGGCAUCGACGGCAUUGCGCUCCAUGCGUCAACUUAUGAUGACCUUUCCCACGGCUGCCGGACACUGGCUAGGCGCUCUCGAUUUCUACCUAUCACGCGCUAAGGAAAUCGUCAUUGUCGGUGAGCGGGGCGACUCCGGUACGGAUGCGCUGUUGGCAGAGGCGUACCGCCAUUACAUUCCCAAUCGCGUGCUGCUUGGCGCGAGCGGUGGCGAAACUGAGGCGAACGGCCUGCCGCUGCUUGCUGACAGACGCAAGGUCGAUGGGUUGCCUACGGCGUACCUGUGUGAGAACUAUGUUUGCCAACUUCCGGUGACAGAUCCGAUGGCAUUCGCAAGGCAGCUUGUGGACUGA